UUCAGUUUUGCAUUUGGUUUCUCACACCUGUUCUUUCUUCUUGGUCAUGAGCAGGUGGAUCUGUCAGUCUGCAUGCUCGGCUCGUUGUGUUCUUGCCUGGCUGGUCGUCGACCCUGAGGUAUGCUCUCCUCUCCGCCUCGCUUCAGUAUCUUGUGCUCAUGCUGCCACUGAAGCUCUGAGCUUCCCUUUUCCCUGCAGUUCUGUUCUCAUAUUCCCCUUCUGCCGCUGUUUCCUCCCACUUAACCAUCCAGCGUCCCUGCACUUCCCGCAUCCGUUCGUCUGCUCGUGUGGUUCUAGUUCAUGCCUACUAUGGAUGUUUGCCCAUGGUGUUGAACCUGCUGCAGUUUGGGCGCCAGGACGUGCUGCUUGGUCAUGUUUUUGUGGAGAUUUGGGAUUAUACAUGUUGCUCAAGUAUGCCAUGAGAUGAUGACAGGUUUCAAGGAAGUCGCGGCUUCACAUCAUCAUCAUGAAACUAACGGGAAAACGUUGUUACAAUGGUUUACUCUGGUACAUGGGUGCAGCUACAUCACCGAGUUUCUGAGUCUGACUGGGGUACAUGACUGGAUCAAUCUGAACGAAGCUAGCCCAAGCAGGUCCAUGUACAGGAUUCUACGGCAAGCUAGACCUACAAAUUCGAUUAGGCUAAAUCAGUCUAAUCCUUGCCGGCAACCAACAGUUUGCUCUCGCCUGUGUGCCGUCUGGCAGGAGCUGGGGCUGGAGCUGCACCAGUCUCCUCGCCUUGGACGGCCCCUGAUGCCGUGCUCCUGCAGUGUGCCCACCGUGAGCAUCCAACGGCGCCGUGUCCAACUUUCUCCGGCUGCCGUCCGGGGAGCCUGCAGCUGGAGCGCGCGGAUAUCGGCCGGGGGUCGACUGCGUGGGACGGCACACGCUAGAGGGUGCUUGCACGACCGUGGCCGCCAUUUUUUCUGUUUCAACUAAGUUUCUCGAGUACAUAACUUGGUCAAAUCUAUUACGUAGUUACAAGUUUUUUGUCAUCAAACUUGGAAAAGUUGAAAAAUUUCUCAAUUAUGUAUAAUACAAUU